UGAAGCGUGUAUGAAUGGAAAGUGCAGAUGCGCUGAUGGCUAUGAAGGUUUUACCAACCAUUGCAAGCAGAGGUUGUGCAAAAAGGGGAUUUGUUCCGUUGCUGGUAGUACCUGCGAGGAAACAGACAUACCAGGAGUAGUGGGAUGCUCCUGCGAAGGGACCCUGUUCUUUGAUGGUUCAGAUUGCGAGUUUGGACGAUGUAUCAUUCCCAAGCUUAUGCCCUAUUGCUAUGACAAUUGUCCACCGGAUAUGGUACGGAAUGAAAAAGGUUAUUGUGAAGCCAAAGAUGAAAAUAGGAAAUGCGAAAAAGAAUGUAUGCACGGAUUUUGUAUCAAAGAAGGUGAAAAAGAAGUAUGCAAGUGCAUCCCAGAGUAUGCUGUAUUGAAAAAUGGUACAUGCAUUCUGAAUGCAAACAUGUGCGCAUCGAAGAAGCUGACCCCUGAUUUGUACAAGUGUGACUGUUCUGGAAUGUUCAAAUAUGCAGAUAAUGAUUUUACGUGUGAAAGCAAGUCAUGCAAAGAUGAAGACGUCCAAGAAGAAUGCCGCAGAAGAGGAGCAACUAGCUGCAGAGACAACUGGGGUUUGAUUGGAUCAAAUGUUGGAUUUGAAUGCGUCUGCGCACCAGGAUUUAGAAAGGACGCCAGCGGGACUUGCAGAAAUACUUGUGAACUUGAAAAUCAAGUUGAAAAAUGUUCCAAGAAUCACAGCAUCUGCUAUCUCGACGAGAAAUUUGAACCGUACUGUCGUUGUCCGCCAACGUUUUCCUUCAAUGAAGAAAAGCAAGUGUGCGAAUAUAAUGGGAAAAAUGCAUUUUUGCUCAAGAACUUACCUGUAUUGAAACAGAAAUAUAUGAGGAAAGAUGGCUCUGUGGAUAAAAUGUUGCUGCAUGCUGAUGUCAUUCAUUCUAUAAAAACAAUGUAUGCUGAGGAGGUACUAGAUUCUGCAUAUCUCUCUAACGUCAAGAUACUCAGUCACGUCCUGUAUUCUGACGUUGUACUUCAGUUCAAGAGGACAACUACGAUGACUGCAGGACGGUUUAAUCUUCAGGUGAUAAAAAAUAUCUCACGUGCUCAACAUGAAGAUCGAGUAGCAAUGUUGCCGCCAUCUUUAGUACUCAUAAACAACGUGGAAAUAGUUUCGAUUGAAAACGUUGAUUUCUGUUCGGAAUCGAUUACGAAUUUGCUGUGCGGAGAAGAAGCCCAGUGCGCGGAUCGUAAAUGCUUUUGUCCUCCGGGGUACAGAAUGAAGACAGGAAGUUUGACAGAAACGGACAAAUAUACAAUCCUCAAAUGCGAAGACAUAGACGAAUGCAAAGAAGGGUUUCACAGCUGUACAGAAAAUACUACGUGCGUCAACACUCCAAGAGAUUACUACUGUGGCUGUAAUCCUGGGUUUAAGAAAAUAGGCGAGUUAUUCCCGUUCCAGAAUGAAAUGAACAAAAACAAUUGCGUAGAUUUAUGUGAUUCUAAUCCUUGCAAAAGAGGACAGUGCAAUGUGAAGGACAAGAUGUUGAACUGCAAGUGUGACAUCGGAUUUGUUGGUUUUCUGUGUGACGUUGAAGAUGCUCACCUAAAAAAGGCUAAGAAUGUGACUAAAAUAAUCUCUGGAGUCCUGGGAAGCCUGCUCUUGGUUACGAUAGCACUAUUUAUCGUAUACGUUGUCAGAAAACAAAAGAAAAAGAGGAAUAACUCAGAAGACAUAUAUGUGUCUCAAGUGUAUCCUUCAGAAUUGCCUCUAAGAUCACCUACAGAAAGAAAUGGUCAUCGAAAUGUAUCUACCUGAGAAAAUUGUGCUUUUCUCCUGAUAUUAAAUCUCCUGAUUAAUUAUCUGGUUGACAGUUGAAUUUUUUGAACGAUUCUUGUUCAAGCAAACAUAACUGUAGAUUCCUUUUACUUUUCAAUUUUGAUUUUUUCGAGCUACAUUAAGAAGGAUCUAUGAAGGCAUUAAAUGGAUAUUCGUAAGCAUCUGGCAGAAAGGAAGGCAGUUUUAC